UUAUGAGAGAUUCGCUUGCCUGAUGAAGCUGUGACAAGGCAACAAUGACUUGAAUGGGGUCCUGCGUGUUGCUUCUUCUCAUCGACCUACAAGUAUUAUUCAUAACAAUUUAGUGGUUACCUCGCGCUGAUUCAAGGCCAAUUGAUGAUGCGAAGGGCGGGCGGGUCGCGGCUUGCGGCGUGCGGCAGUCAGUCGCGUCUGCCGCGCGUCGCUCGCACGCGAUGUCCGCUUCAAGCACGCCGCUCCUGCGCGCGGCUUGCUUACUCCUGUGCUUUGCCGCAGGCAGCCUACAAUUUUCAAUAAAAGAAUUCGCGGUUCCUAAUAAGGUGGAAGUUGGGUAUUCUGCUGAGUUAAUAUGUCAAUAUGAAUUGGGGGAAGGAGAAACUGAAGCGGAUCUGUACGUCAAGUGGUGGUGGACGCCAGACUCGUCCUCAAGUGACGACAGAAAACAAAUCUAUCAACGCAUAGCUGGACACGCCGCCGAAUCAAUACACCGCAGCAAUGCCAGCAAAAUAGAAAUAAAGGAUAACGACACAAUAGUGUUGCUAGAUGUCAACCCUGUGGAUUCGGGCACCUACGAGUGUGAGGUCAAUAACAUCGAGGAAAUACGCAAACAUGACACGUUGGUUGUUUUCACAAUGGGUACAGGUCCAGAAGUAAAUUACACUUUGGUUGAAGAUGAAAAUACAAGUGAUGAAAACGAUGACGAUGAUGGUGAUGAUGACGAUGAUGGUGACCAAUUAUUCAUAGAAUGUUCGGCUGAAGGUGUAGCGCCUUUGCCUGAUAUGACGAUAAGUCUUCAAGGCAACAAAGUCAAUAUAACCAAAACCGUGGAAGACAGCAAUCAGGACGGAUUCUACACAAUAUCUGCCAAUACCACUGUGAGUGCGAGCAACACAGAAAUCUCUGAAAUACGUUGUGAAAUGUUCUACGUAACUCUGGAACAUCCGCCAUAUGAAGAUGUAGAGACAUACACACCAGCAGGCGCCUUGCCGCUCACCACCGAGGUGCCCGAGGAUGCGAGCGAGCCAGAGACUACGCCUGAGUCUUUGGAAAACCCCAGUGAUGACGGUGUACGAGUUCACUGUUCGUGGGUGGUGAUGCUUGCAGCCUUGUUGUCGCAUCUGAGGGCGACGCUGUAAUACUACGCUAAUGUGAUACUAAUUUUGUAAUUAAUAUACCAAAUAUAAUAUGUAUUUACCUAAGUUUUAAUGUUAUUAAGCUUUAUAUUAUAAGACCGUCUAUAAUAUUUCAAUUAUUAAUAAAAGAUAUCUAAUUAUUGUUACGAA